GAUCAUGUGUUUGGAACUUGCGAGGACUACGUGAAUAAAGAAAGCCAAGUCAAAGAGGUCAUGCUUUCAGAAAAUGGUCGCGACUUUGACACUUGAUGAACAAGGAUUCGCAAUGGCACGGAACGGAACAACGAUUUAUCGACGAGUGUGAUUAGUAAUCAUAUUGAUAACCUCUGCUCGAGCUCUGGUGCCUCCACAUGGGCGAUAAGGGCGAUAAGGGCAAGGCUCAUGAGAAAGGAUAAUUUGGUGUGAAAUUGCAUGCGUGCAUACCUACCUAGUACUUGGAAUGCCCUUGCCAUUCUUGACGUCUUGUGCUUCACUCUCUCUAGAUCCGUCCAAAUCUUCGAAGACUGUAUUUGCUAUUAUUCAUACUUGAGUUCAAUUUGAGGAUCUUGAUAAAUACUCAAUUUUCGACCGUCCUACACUUUUGUAAGACCGCUACCAGUACUCGUAUAUCAAUUAAGUUUGCGCCGCUACUCGACGGUUCUUGGGUCCAUCAUCACUUAUUCUCAGCCAAUAAUUGACCUCGGGAGGGGUUUGGCCAGUGAGGAAUUCACUUUCAUUACGGCUACAAUAAUUGUCUACGCUUCAAAUAUUAUUCAAGUUAUCGGGUAAUUGCGCAUAUUGCUUGUUCACCCUUGUGCUUUCUCCUUGGUAUCUCCCCUCGUUCUCGUGGAACAUUGUUUAUCAAUCAUUCCAGAGACACGUUCAUUACUCGGUACAUGUUCAGAUACUAGCAGCUCGAAUUUCAAUACGGCUCUAUGCGAUCUUCGCAAUGAUGACCUCUGAAAAUGCCACAGCAACUGGUACGGAGAGUGUGGCAGAUAUUUCUCCAACAACCAUCAGGCGAUCUACACUUUCACAUGUCAAUGGUGCACACGGAAAGAAGAGAGCCAACAUCAGCGUCGCGGAUUUCCCAAAACCUCUCACACAACAGCAUACAUCCGAUUCACUUCGAAAAUACACACAAAAGAAGUAUAGACACGUCGCUGCUGUUCAUUCUAAACCUCGAACAUCAUGUCUUAGCCAUGAAAGCGAUGCGGCCCCUAGCUUUCUUGGAUUUAGAAAUUUGAUGGUGCUUGUUUUACUAAUCUCAAAUCUGCGAUUGAUGUUGGAAAAUAUUCGAAAGUAUGGAGUUUUGAUAUGUUUAAGAUGUCACGAUUAUCGCAGACAAGAUCUCAUUCUAGGUGCUGCUCUUUACUUUAUAGUUCCAUGCCAUCUUUUUGUCGCCUACGUUGUCGAACUCGCCGCCGCGCAACAGGCAAAAGCAUCACUAAAGGGAAGCAAAAAGAGAGCUGGAACGGCGACGCCAGGUGGUAGCUAUAUUGCUACCCAGGCCGAACAUGAGAAGUUCCAUUCAACUUGGAAAGUAAUAGCUUGGAUACAUGGACUGAACAUAACGCUCUGUUUGCUCAUCACAUCCAUAAUCGUCUACUUCUUCAUACAUCAUCCCCUUAUAGGCACAAUAACCGAGGCACACGCAAUCAUUGUCUGGUUGAAAACGUAUAGUUAUGCAUUCACCUGCCGCGAUCUUCGACAUGCUUAUCUCCACCCCUCUAGUAAAGAGGAAGAUGCAUUGCCAGAAAUAUACAACAAAUGUCCCUACCCACAGAAUAUCACGCUGAAUAACUUGACAUACUUUUGGUGGGUUCCAACAUUGGUUUAUCAACCCGUAUAUCCUCGGACAAACAAGAUUAGAUGGGUUUUUGUAGGUAAGAGGUUGGCAGAAGUUUUUGGUCUGAGUAUUUUCAUAUGGGUUGCUAGCGCACAAUAUGCAGCCCCUGUCCUGCAGAACUCCUUAGACAAGAUGGCAUCUCUAGAUCUUCCAUCCAUCCUCGAACGAUUGAUGAAGUUGUCUACGAUAUCUCUGGUCAUAUGGCUAGCAGGAUUCUUCGCAUUAUUCCAAUCUUUUUUGAACGUUCUUGCAGAGGUCACAACAUUUGGGGAUAGGAACUUCUACGAUGAUUGGUGGAACUCGUCCAGCGUGGGAACAUAUUGGAGAACUUGGAACAAGCCUGUUUAUCAAUUCAUGAAACGACAUGUUUUCUCACCUCUCGUAGGCAGAGGCUGGAGUCCAUACUCAGCGAGUGUUGCGGUAUUUACAUUCUCCGCUAUUCUCCAUGAAAUAAUGGUCGGCGUACCGACACAUAACAUGAUUGGCGUUGCAUUCAUUGGCAUGAUGGCACAGCUACCACUCAUUGCUAUCACGACCCCAUUAGAGAAAAUGAACGGCAUAAAUGGCAAGAUUAUCGGAAACUGUAUCUUUUGGGUAUCUUUCACCCUGGUUGGACAACCCCUUGCUGCAUUACUUUACUUCUUCGCGUGGCAAGCUAAAUACGGGAGUGUUAGCAAGCAGGUCAAAUAAUGGCAGUCUACAUCACAGACAUUUUGGCCGUUUUAACAGCGCCUUACUUCAGUCUUUAAAAACAAGUAGUAUGAAUUUCUAUGAGCUUGGCGGCUCCCAGCAUGUGUAACUGCUACACUUACUCUUUCUGCCGCAAUUAGACACAAAAAUAGAGAAGCCACA